AGUUUUAGUUCUGAGUAAGCGCACAUCUCUUGUUUUAGGCUGUGAAAUCUAAAAUGGAUACCAAAGUUCUAUCUUCCGGAGUUCGCUACUCAAACUUGCCGGAAAGUUACAUCAGACCGGAAUCGGAGCGACCACGACUGUCGGAGGUUUCCGAAUGCGAAAACGUUCCGAUUAUUGACUUGAGUUGUGAAGAUAGAGGCUUCCUUGUUCGACAAAUUGCGGAAGCUUGCGUGUCUUAUGGCUUCUUCCAGGUUAUCAAUCAUGGAGUGAGAUUAGAAACAAUUGAGAAAAUAUUAGAAGUAGCGCAUGAAUUCUUUGAGCUUCCAAUUGAAGAGAAGCUGAAGCUGUAUUCGGAAGAUCCAUCAAAGACGGUGAGACUUUCAACGAGUUUCAAUGUGAACAAAGAGAAAGUACACAACUGGAGAGAUUACCUAAGACUCCAUUGUUAUCCUCUCCAAAAGUAUGUUCCUGAAUGGCCUGCAAAUCCUUCAUACUUCAAGGAAUUUGUAAGCAAUUACUGUAUAGAAGUUCGAGAACUUGGAUUCAGAUUGGAGGAGCUAAUAUCAGAGAGCUUAGGUUUAGAAAAAGAACACAUAAAACAAAUGUUGGGUGAACAAGGACAGCACAUGGCUUUGAACUUUUACCCACCAUGUCCAGAGCCAGAGCUGACUUAUGGACUACCAGGCCACACUGACCCAAAUGCUCUCACCAUUUUACUUCAAGAUCUGCAAGUCGCUGGCCUUCAAGUUCUCAAAGACGGUAAAUGGGUUGCUGUUAAACCCUACCCAAAUGCUUUUGUCAUUAAUAUUGGUGAUCAAUUUCAGGCGCUAAGUAAUGGGAGAUACAAGAGCGUAUGGCAUCGUGCCAUUGUGAAUGCUGAAAAGGCAAGGAUGUCGGUGGCUUCGUUUUUAUGCCCAAGUGAUGAUGCAAUUAUCAGUGCUCCAAAAUCGCUCAUUGGGGAUGAUGCCUGUGGAUCCGUUUAUAGAGAUUUCACGUAUCCAGAAUAUUACAAAAAGUUUUGGAGCAGAAACUUGGAUCAAGAACACUGUUUGGAGCUUUUCAAGAACUAGUACCAAAAUAAUAACCGCUUUUACGAAUUGCCAUAAGAGUAUUGGAUAUUAUAGGUUCUACUAUUAUGACAAUAUGUAAAAGCAGUUGUUAUUUUUGGAUGUUUCAGAUUGGCCAAAGGACUAUUUUCCACCCAAGGUACGUUGUUUUCGCAAGUUUUCCCUUGUUAAUUUUAAAAACUCAUUUAUUCAUCUGUGAUCGAUUAAAAUUAACGGUUUUAAGGAUAAAAUCAUCAUUUUAUCUGUAUUAUUAAAAAUAAACUUAAAUUUGAUUUUAUUUUUUCCCCUAAACCCUAAAAACUAAUAAUUUCUCUCAACUUAAGUUUUAAAAAAUAGUAUUUUUCCUCUAGAGUUUUCAAUUUUUCAGAGUUAGUUUUUCGACAUUGUUUCUUCCUCUUCGGUGACCUCCAGACGAUGCCUCUUCCUCUAUGGCUCCUCGUCGAUUAAGAGUCUUCGUCCCAAGGCAAUUGCUAGAAGGAGACCGCGUUGAAGAGGAAGAGACGUCGCCUGGAGGUCGUCGGAGAGGAAGAAACAAUGCCGAAAAA